AUGUGCGAUGAGGAUGAAACAAGUACACCUGCUACGAUCAGAGUGAUCACUAUCAGAUCAAACAGGCAAAAUACACGUAAUCCAUCAGCAGUCAGUAACAGUAGUGAUAAUACUCCGUGUCGAGAUUCUGAUCCGGAAUCUCUUCAUGAUGAUGACUCAUAUGUCAGUGUGAAAAUUGAAAAAUUUCUUGGUUCUUCCAUCUCUAUCGGUGAAUUAAUUGAUCAGACAAGUUAUUUACAACAGUAUCCUAGUUGGCUUGGAUUUUGUGGUCCAGAAAAUAAAAAGAAAUUUGCUCCAACUUAUAUUAAUCGAAAUGAUAAUAUCUGGGAAUUGGUAUUGUCGGAACGUGGUUAUGUAGAUAUGUUACUGAUUGUCAGAGAUUUAUAUAUGAUACCAUUUCCAAAAAUUGAUGCAAAUUCAAUUAAUGGCUUAUCCACUGAUUCUGUACUCGGCAAUUCAUCAGAUUUAUGUACAGCUUUGUUCCCGUGUAUCGAUGAAUUGGUUAAAUCGCAUGAGAAAAUUUUUCGUGUUCUUGCCGGUCUACAUGUGGAACGUGAAGAUCAUGUUGUGUCUUCCUUAGGAGCCUAUUUGGUGAAGUUAUUUGAUGCAGAUUGUCUUUCAUCUUUAUCUCAAUUAUAUGGUCAAUUUUUAUUUGCUCAAAAACGUAUCCGUCAACGUUUACAACUGUGUAAAAGUCAUCCACAGAUUGCAUCAUUUUUCCAGCAAGUGAAACAGAAUCCUCGAAGUUCACGUAAAUCCCUGGAAGAUUGUUAUAUGGUUAUUGUACAGCGUUGGACUAAAGUAGAAACAUUACUUGAAUCAAUUAUACGAAACACAUUGAAUGAUGAUAAAGAAGUGGCUAAUUUAGAAACUUCACGUAAUGCUGUCAAAUCAUUACUUAAAUCAGCUGAAUCUAUUCUCACGGAAUUUGAACAUGCAGAGAAGUUGAGUGAAAUUGCCAAUCGUCUAGAAGUACCCACACAAAUGAUGACAAUUAUAACAUCAUCUGCGAAUAGUAGUCAUACAACCUCUUCCUCCUCUUCUUCUUCUACUUCGUCAUCAUCACCUGAAAUUCAAUUGCUAAAUGAAUUGAAAUCACCUAGUACAAAGUUGAUUAAUCAUGGGCCAUUGUUUGCUAUUCCAAUGGUUGCUGGUGGUGGACAACAGUCCACUGCAUCCUAUGAAGUUGAAGGGGUAGCGUUGGAAAAUUGCUUUUUCAUGCUUCGGAAAGUACCAGACUCGAACCGGUAUCAGUUAUUUCGUGGUACAGAAAUGCCUCCCAUUCUUUGGUGGGGUAAAGUGUAUGGAUAUUUUAGAAAGUCUAUGGAAAAAGGCAGUUUUGGUUUCUACAUACUUUUGCAUUCUGCUACAGCCUUAACAUUAUUCCGUUGUGCAACUGUAGAUGAAUUAGCCAGAUGGGAAACUGUAUUCAAUGAUGGCUUUGCUCAAUGGCGUGAACAAGCAGAUACUUUUGAAAGUUUGUCUGAAGAGUUUUCAAAAGCUCGUGAUGAAAUCAGCGAAAAACAAAAGCGUACUGAAGGUAUUCUUGAACUGUUACAUCAGUUGAAUGAAAAUCGUCUUAAAUUUUGGCAGAUUUGGGAGUUCCUUGCAUCCGCUUUAAUUAGUGAACGUUUAGCUGAAAUGAAUGUGGUUACACCGAAUACCCUCUCGAACCAACAAAAACAACAGUCAACCUCAUCAUUAACUCCUCAUUCUGCCAGUCGUCGGAGUACAAAAGCUGAUUUGCCUGUCUCUGCUUCUACUAAUAAUACUACAUCAAAUAAUAAUAAUAAUAACAGUAAUUCCCAAUAUGUAGUUACUAUGGAUACGCUCAAACUGAACACGUUUAUUUCAAAUCUUGAUGCUUAUAAUGAAUUAGAUCAACUGUUUCAUUUGCUUCAUGAAUAUUAUCAUCGGUUGUCUUUCGCUCUCCUCAGUGGUCCGUCUUCCAAUUUAUCCCGAAGUGCCUCAGAUGUUGAUGGAAGUAAACGUCCUCAAACAAAUCCAGUUAAAAAACACGAAACAUUUAGUGCACAUGAUAAUGUACCUGUAUCUACUGAAUUAAGAUCUUCAAUUGAUGUUGGCCAUAUGAAGUCGAAAAAAAGAGAUGUUCAUCGACUUAGCGCCACUAUGGCCAGUAUAUUUCGUACUCCUAGUCGAGAUAAAAAUUUGUCCUCAACAAGCCAAUCAUCUACUGAUCAUACAUCGAAUGGAACUUGUACAAAUACACCAGGAGGGCUUAAAAGUAUGAAACAACGUCAACCCGGGUCAACUACACCAUCACAAUCAAGUGGUCCACCUCUUCCUCCGCGUCCAUCAUUCGCAGUGCUAAGUAAUUUAAAUCUAACUGGAGUUGGCGAACAACUUUCACCAACGAAUCAGUGUUCAUUCAAUACAGAAUCUUUAACAGAUGGAACAAAUCCAUUAGUAUUAAGUCAACCGUGUGCUGAAGCAUUAGUAUUACUUGGUGAAUUAAAUAGAAUUGGUGAAGCACUUUUUCCACAAGUACAAUUGUUACGUACUGAAAAUGUAGAAUUACGUGCAUCUCUCACUAAACUGGAAGCUGAACGAUCGAAUUGGGAACAUUUUCGUAGUCGAGAUAAUCAAGUACUUAUGCGUUCUACACUUGGUGGUGGUGCAUCAUCAUCGUCACAGGGGAGUGGAUCUCACCCAGAUGGUAAUACUGGAGGUAGCAGUGGGGUUUAUCUAAUUGACAAUAGUACAGUUAAACAAGAAACGGAAAAAUUACGUCAAGAUUAUGAAAAUUUUACACGUAAAUGUCAUGAAUGGGAGAAAGAAUAUCAGAAACAACGAUCUGCCAUCGAGAGAGAACAUAAUAAAAUAGCUAAAGAAAGGCAACUGAUAGAAAAUGAACGUGCUGAUUUGGAACGACGUCAACAUCAGUAUGAAGAGCUGCGUAGUACAUUACAGACACAGCUAAAUAUGUACAAAAAAUUGGGAUUCAAACUAACGCCUAUGAAUAAUCCAGAAUUGGAGGCUUUGGCCAAUUUGGAGUCAGAUAUGAGUAAUGAUGGUGUAAAUGGUUUUCAACUGAAUCGUAGUAGCUCCUCUGUAAUUACCAAUUCAUUUGACGAUUAUUUAAAUGAAUUAUCUGGAAAUACUGCUCACAAUUCUAGUGGUCGAGGAGGAGGAGGAGGCGGUGAUUUGCCACGGCCAAUACACUUCUAUUCAAAUAGUGACGAUAUAACUGCUUCUAGACGAGAUUCAAGUAAUUCCUUUAAUACUGGCCAGAAACGUGACUAUGCGUAUUCACCAGGUACUGAGAUAACCCCAAAACCAUCACUUGUACCGUCACUUUCAACACGAAGUGAUCAUGUGCCUGAACAUCUACUUGGGAGUUUAGUAAAUCAGAAUAAUAUACGUGAACAGCCGAACAGUUCACGUUCACCAGAUUACCGAUCAGAUUAUAAUCCUACGAAUUCAAAUGACCGUCUUCUAAGUGGAUCAUCAUCAGCUGGUACUAGUAGCAAUAAUACAAGUGGUAAAUCUAUUUCUGGUUCUUCACUCUUUUCCGAUUCAAAUCCCCUUAUGAAAUUAGUUGAUCAUACAAAAGUAAAGUCAUCAAGUUCUCUUAGUAAACCAUUGAAAAAAUCGUAUCGGUCUAGAUCACGUCAACAAAAAGAUUCAUAAUGAAUUGAUAAUUGAAAAUGAAAGUAGAAACUUGUCUCCCUUGUCUUCUUCUUCUUUUUUCUCCUUGUUCUUGAUUUCAUUUCAUUACAUUUUUGGGUUUUUCCAUUGCCCAUCCGCUUUAUUUUGUAAUACCACUGCGCCUUCCAAUGUUAUCUGUCUUUAUUCUCAAUCUUUUUGCUUCACUACUUAUUUCAGUAGUCUUGAUUUGCCUUCAUCUUCAAUGUCAGAAGAUGACAUCUAUCGUCAUUGUGGCUUUUAUUUCUAAUAAUCCAAUGAGUGAUUAAUGCACAAUGAGAUGAUAUUUCCUGUAAACUGUUUCUAUUCACAUCCAUCCAUGUCUCUAUAAAUUCAUUUAAUAAUUUCAUUGCAUAUACUUUAUAUAUAUAUAUAUAUUCAUAUUUAUUAUUUAUUUAUUUAUUUAUAUAUUUACUUAUUCACCAGAUUAAAAUAUAUUUCUUGUUUAGAUAUAUUAUAUAAAAGCUACAAACAAACAACCAACCAACUAACCAGUAUGUAUUGUUUGUGUACAAUUUGAUUAUUUAUCAUUUGACACCUCUACGCUGAUUCUCAAUAGGUAAUGUGCCUUCUUUUUCUGACAUCAGUUUUCUAAGCACAUACACACACACACCUUACAAACGUAUAUAUAUUAUAUAUGCGCAUAUAUUGUGUACAUGCAGAUAUUCCUCAAAACCGCAGCACACAUAGGCCUACUCGUGUUUUGUUGUUUUUCUACUUUUUUUUCAUGGAAAUUCAUUCACAUCCCUCCCACAUAAUAUAUAUUGGUGCAUAUUUGCCGCUCAGGUUGUGGAUACUUUUCUGAUAGUUUCUGUGUUUUUUUAUUCUCCUCUGAAAGCCUUGAAAAUAUCUAUCUUUCUUUUUUUGUUCCUUGUCGGAGGCCAUUCAACAUUAUUCGUUUUGCAUGUCAUCUUUAUAAUCAGUUGCAUACACUUUCCCUUUUUUUUCACUCAUGAGGAGUAUUCAUCAAAAAAAUAAUAAAUAAUUCACAAUUAAAAGUUUAAAGAAUAACACAAUGAUGACUAGAGUGUUUGUUUUUCAGCUUUGUUAAUAAAAACAGUAUUAUUCAAACUUUCAAUCGCAUCAUCGCCUUCUUUUUUUUUAUUCUUAAUAAAUCGUAUUACUGUCGUUUUUUUUUUUGGCUGUUUAUUCAUCGGCGUGUUCCUUUCAUUCUCUCUCUCUCUCUCUGUCUGAUCACUUAAUUAAGACUGUUGGUGUUUAUUCCAUAUAAUAAAGAUCAUUAGUAGUAGUAGUAAUAAUAUCUGUGACUACUUGAUGAACAGCUUAUGAAAGAGUUUUACACACACACAACAUCUGCUACUUGUAUGCAUCAUUCUUCUUCUUACUUAUCUCAUCAUUAUCGAUUCUUUUAUUCCUUAAAGAAUUAUCAUACACAAUGAUAUCUGUUUUGUUUUGUUUUGUGUUCAC